AUGAGAUCCUGGUUGAUGUGCAAGGAUAGUGUGAAAGACAUCGCAACCACAACCACUUCAAGAGCGGAAGUUAUCAAGCAAGCAAAAACCCUCAAGAUACAAAAGUUACGGGAUAGUGUGAAAGACAUCGCAACCACAACCACUUCAAGAGCGGAAGUUAUCAAGCAAGCUAAAGCCCUCAAGAUACAAAAGUUACGAUGA